GUUUGCCGCAAAGCAAUGUCAUAAAUUUCGCUGUCGGUAGAUUUACGUGACAAUUACAUGAAUGUCGACCACACCUUUUGAUUUUGCCCAAUUCAUCACUACUGACACUAGUGCAAGUUCCUUUUUCGUGGUACAAUAGGCCUAUAACGUGUCCUAGAUAGUUGAGUAACGUUUCCUGUGAUCUUGGACAAAACAAAUUGGACAGAGAGACUUAUUGAAGCAGCACCUUCGUUGGAUGUACCCUGCCCUCUUCCAGAGACCGAGGGACAAGGCUGCCGACACAAGACCCACAAUGCCUAGGCACCAUGGACACCAUCAUGCUGCUCACCACCAUCACCACGCUCACCACAAUCGUCAUCGCCACCACAAUGUUCACCACCAUACCCACGUCUCGUCCGUGGGCACACCAAUGGGUGCACACGUGGUCGGGGGCCGGGUCGGGACACCAAUGGGUAGUGUAGUUGGUUUGGGAGCCUGCCUCGGAACGUUCGGCUUUUUCUUUCUCUUCAGUGGAAUUAUGAUGAUGUCGUUUGGGUUCAACUUCGCCAUGGGCUUGGGAAUUGUCGGUUGCAUCUUUUUCAUUCUGGGCCUAUCCUUGAUGAUGGCUUGCGUUGUGUUUUGUCGGAGGGGACGUAUGCAACAACAGCAGCAAAUCGCACUGAAUCAGCAAGGGGUGACCACGUUGGUAUACGGCCAGCCUGGGGCACAGCCACAAAUAGUCCAGCCAGUACAACCUGGGGCACCACCUAUCAUCCAACCACAAGGUCCAGGGGCAACAAUCAUGUAUGGACCAGGGGGACAAGUGGCCUAUCAACCACAGCUCCAGCCCGGCAUCCAUCCACCACCUCAACAAUAUCCAGCGACCAUUCCCUAUCCACAACAGGAUCCUUCUGCUAUGACACCCAAACCCUACCCCUCAACUGAUUCAACUGCACCUCCACCGACCUAUGAGGACGCCGUCAACUCAGAAAGCAUACCUGAAAAGGACAAUAGUGGCCCAGCAAUGGUAUAACUAGCAUUUAAAUUUGGUCCAAGGUCGUUUAACGUUGUGACCUUGUCUCAGUCUGAACACUUCCUCAUCCUCUCAGACAUAGAGUCAGAGAUGGGCAAGGUCAUUAAGGCAGCUUUCCUCCAUGAUGAACUCUGACAUGAGGUCAACUCACGUAAUAACGCACACAGUGUUCUGCAUCUACGCAUAAUUAAGAUUAGCCAUUUGGGCUUGUAACAAGAAAGAAGAGCAUGAAGUCACAUAACCUCAUAUGUAGACACAUGCCUUUUUAAAUUUAUGUACAAAUAUUAGAUGCUGAACUCCUUGGCCAAUUAUGAUGGCUACUUUGUUGAGUUUCUCAAAAUUGCAGAAAACAGUUCAACAUUCAAAGUACUCAUAUGAAAUAGGGACAAGCCCAUGUGAAGCUACAGUGGCUGGCUUGUAUAAUCCUGAAUCCAUCCAAACGGUGCAUAAUGGAGCUAUUGGAUUUUGAUGGAAUUUGGGGUUGUAUGAAUUAAAAGUUUCCGUAUCAAAGACAAAGUUUGUGUAAAACAUUCUUUUUGGGGGGAGGGGUCUGUCAUCAUUGAUUCUGAUGAAAAGUGGCUGGAUUGUUGCCGUUGUGGAAAUAAAAAGGACAUUAUAUUAUAAAUUAUUAUGAAUUAUUAAAAUCUUGAUUUUUUAAUUGUUUUUUAAAAUUUCAAUAAUUCUCCAAAAUAUUCAUUUUGCCAUAUAUUCAUAAUGAAAUGUGUCAGCUCCUGACAAAUGACAACUAAGCGAACACAAGUCGGCUACUAAUGUGUUUGUGUAUAGCGGAGUUGUUUUUGUUUUCUGCAUAUAUAUUGCAAAAGAACAUUUUUAUAUUUUGUGUCCAAUUUCUCUCGUUUUAUUUUUUAUCCAACGUUUGUAUAUUUUUUUAUACCUCAACUAAAAUACCACAAAACAACUGUAAAAAUAAGGUGUUAGACACUCCCUAGAAUUCCUAUUAAGAAAAGAGGAGAGUUCGUUAAGGUGUUCAUGACACGACAGGUCUUUACCUAGGCUUCUCAAUCUUGAAAUAUUUUUUUAUAUUUAAAAUUUUACUCAAGGAGGUGGUGUCCAUAAGUUUGCGUGAGAGAAAUUGGUUUCAGAGGUCAUACAGUCUUUCGUGCAAGUGAAAAUUGUGUCAUGUAAAAUUAAUUUGAUUAUUUUUUUUUUAAGUCCGAUGUAAUUGCUUGGUAAUAAUAAAACAAAUUUUCGUUUCAGACGGUCGUAGCAUGUCAGUAAAUAUUCGAAAGUUUUUUUUUUUUUAGCAAUUCCUAAAUUAUAUUUACAUUGUAUAUACAUUUGCAUGUUCGCAAGUUCAUAAAUUAAAGCAUGCAAAGCAGUCAUUAUAGUUCAUACAUCUUACUGUAUUUUCAAAGUGACUUCCCUAAGAACAUAUUUCUGGUGCUGCCAUAGAACUCAAAUGUAUACAUCUUGUCAAUUUGUAAUUAAUUCAUCAAUCAUAUUACAUUGUAAUUUUUUUAAAUUUUUUUUUACUUCGAUCAAUAUUGAAAUAUGAGCUACAUUGGUAACUUUCGAUGUUUGGUCCAAUUUUCGGAGAUGUAGUCAACGCUGGGUGAAAUAAUACUUAAAAGUUUAUCUGUCCAAUCUUCCAUGAUCAAGUUGAACGCUGUUUCAAAGGAACAAUUCUCCACUUGAGUGCGACCUGUAGCUAUUAUCUUUUUAGUUUACACAAAAUUCUUCACAAUAUGCAGUAUUUUAAUGUUUGAUCCGUUUGUUUCUAUCUCGAUGCUGUGUUUCUAUAUGUUGGUAUUUAGCAUUGUGUAUUCUUUCUCGUCUAUCUUAGUGGGGAUAAUUGUUUUUAGGAAUUUCUUUAUAGGCUCACUUUCUCGAAAAUGCAUCCAUGCUUUCUAUAUUUUUUAAAAUUUAUUUAUAAACAAUUAAGUCAUAUUUUGCUGCUUUAUUGUCUGUACAUUGUUAUUAACACAAAACGAAACUAUGGA